AUGAAGGGAAUCAAGGCAUUCGGCCUUGCCUUGGUGUACUCGAGCUUUGCCCCGUUUACAUUGGCAUUGGAAUACUCCUUUACCCAAAACGUUACUGCCCAAGGUAUGAAUGGCGCUGUAUCCUGUGAGAACAGUAUAUGCAGUCAGGCUGGGGCUUCAAUGUUACGACGAGGUGGAAAUGCCGCGGAUGCUAUUGUUGCCACAGUUCUUUGCGUGGGGGUUACUGGACUGUAUAACAGUGGAAUCUCUGGAGGAGGGUUUGCCCUUGUCCGACUUCCAAACAACACAUACGAGAUGGUCGACUUCCGCGAGAAAGCACCAGGUUAUGCAAGCGAGACAAUGUUUGUAAACGACAAGAAUGCCUCCCAGGUUGGUGGAAAAGCUAGUGGCGUCCCUGGGCAGCUACGUGGUCUCGAGUAUAUCCGCAAACGAUAUGGCAAAUUAGAUUGGAAAACUCUCAUUGCGCCAGCCAUUGAGGUGGCUGAUACUGGUUUCCUCUUUGGCCAUGACAUGGAGUGGAUGGUGAACUGGACAUUGAAAAAUGCCCCCUUGUUGAAUUCCUCUCAGCCAAAUCUAUUCACUCAGGAUCCUGCUUGGAAGCCGGACUUUGCUCCCAACGGGACGCUCCUCAAAAGAGGAGAUAUCAUGACUCGAAAGAGAUACGCAGGAGCGUUAAGGAACAUCUCAGACAACGGCGCCGAGGACUUUUACACCGGUUCAACUGCCAGAACUAUGCUACGAGCAAUAAGGCACUAUGGUGGUAAUAUGACAGAGAGAGACCUGAUGAAUUACACCGUUGUCCAACGGGAACCAAAACAGGUCCAAUAUCGGAAUUACACCUUGACCAGCACAGUUGCUCCCAGUAGUGGCACCGUUCUCCUCAACAUUCUUGGCGUUUUGGACAAUUAUGAUGACUUUUUCACAAAUACAUCAACAACAAAUCGGAGCACUCAUCGGAUGGUCGAGGCUAUUAAGUUUGGAUAUGCUUAUAGAAACUCUUUUGGUGACCCAGGAUUUGUUCCGAAUGUUACCAAUCUGGAGACCACUAUGUUGUCUCAAGCGCGAAUUCAGAGGAUUUAUCGUAAUAUUGAUGAUAAUAGUGUUCAUGGGAACGUCAGCUUCUACGACCCUGACCAUAAGUGGACUCCAGAGUCGUUUGGUACUUCGCAUAUGGUGACAUCUGAUAAAGAUGGCUUGGUUUUCUCCCUGACCACAACGACAAAUCUUCCCUUCGGUAGCCAUGUCAUGGUCCCUGAAACCGGAAUCGUAUUGAAUUCCCAGAUGGAUGACUUCUCUACUCCUAACACCACUAACGGAUUCGGGUAUCCUCCUACUCCAAACAAUUUUAUCAAACCCGGAAAACGCCCUCUGUCUUCUAUCUCACCAAUCAUUGCUGUUCGCGAUGAUGGCAGCUUUGCAUUUGCUACAGGAGCUGCUGGAGGAAGCCACAUCCCUACCACGACUCUGCAGACCUUGAUUCAUGCUUUGGACGAAAAUCUGUCGCCAAGUGACGCCUUGGCUCGCCCACGGCUGCAUGAUCAAUUGUUCCCAAACUAUGUUGAAAUCCCUGACACUUACAACAACGCCACUGUCGACUAUUUAGUAAGCCUCGGGCACGAAAUCAAGAGAGUAGAUGAGUGGAGUUACGCACAGGCAAUCUCCCAAUCUCCACAAGGUCUAUUCGUUGCUGCAGCAGAACCGAGACAGCUUGAAUCAGGGGCCUUCGCGGUUUAG